GAAGGGUACAGUAUAGCGCCUGGAGUAGCUGUAAUGAUAGCCUUUGCUGGCCUCCUAAAUUCAAUCAACAACCCAAGUCCCAUCCACCUUCUGCUAAAUCGGAGGAUGUGAGCCUCACCCUCACUGACUCCAGAGGACUAUCCUACUGGUUUAAAACCAAGUGAUUUGCUAAUGUAAUCAAACAACAAAAAAACUUGUUGUCGUGAGAACGGUCAGAAACUUGAUCUUUUUCUGUGCCCUGUAUACAAAGAAAAUUUGGCUUUCUACUUACUUUCUGUUGACCUUUGUGCACACAUUGCUGCAUGUCGAGGCCAGCGCUAUUAGAUCUUGAAUGGCACAUAAUAGGGCAGCAUGUGGUGUCGAAGGCUGGCACGGCUUUAUCCUGUCACAAGGGGAUUCCUAACAAAAGCGGUUACAAGUCAAGCGCGUCUUUCAUCCAGACCCCACAAUACCGCUCCAUCUGUGAAUCGCUGGCUCAGUACGGCACCAGAGAUUCACGCCUGCUCAUGGAACUUACACAAUGAUCACCUCGAGCUACUCUAUUCUGGGUCUUGUAUGCGUUUUGAUUACAUCUGGUUGCGGGACCACUGCCGCUCUGCUUCCUGUUAUAAUUCCAAAACAAACCAGCGGAGCCUCGACACGGCCAGCGUGGAACUGGACAUCAAACCUAAACAAGUGAGAGUGGACGAGACAACCCUCUAUCUAACAUGGCCAGAUGGACAUAUGACCCGAUAUGGUUUAGAAUGGUUGAUGGAGAAUAGUUAUGAAGGACAGAAGCAGCAACUUGUCCAGCCUCGGAUUUUGUGGAAUUCAAUAAUAUACAAGGAGGCAGAUGUUCCAUCCGUCAGUUUCUUAGACUUCCUGGAAACAAAUGAAGGACUGAGACAUUUCCUGCAGAAUUUCUUACUAUAUGGCAUUGCCUUCGUGGAUGAUGUCCCCCCUACCCGAGAAGAUACCGAGAGAGUCGCAAUGCGCAUCAGCCACAUCAGGGAGACCAUUUAUGGCAAGAUGUGGGAUCUCACUUCUGACUUCUCACGUGGUGACACCGCGUAUACCAAAUUAGCUCUGGAUCGGCACACUGAUACCACGUACUUCCAGGAGCCCUGCGGUAUGCAGCUCUUCCAUUGCUUGCGUCACGAGGGGACAGGGGGCCGCACCUUGUUAGUGGACGGCUUCUACGCCGCAGAUCAAGUCCGUCAACGCCACGGUGAUGAUUUCAAGCUGCUCAGCAACGUGCCGCUGAAACACGAGUACAUCGAGAGCGUGGGAGGGAGUCAGAACCACAUGGUGGGCAUUGGACCCGUGCUCAACGUUUACCCGUGGAAUAAAGAGCUUUAUAUGAUCAGGUACAAUAACUACGACCGAGCCGUUAUUAAUACGGUACCGCACGAUGUGGUACGGAGGUGGUAUGCCGCACAUCGCACACUAACCAACGAACUGAGGAGGCCUGAAAACGAGCUGUGGGUGAAGCUCAAACCAGGAAAGGUACUAUUUGUUGAUAACUGGAGGGUAUUACACGGACGAGAGUCAUUUACAGGAUACAGGCAACUUUGCGGCUGUUACCUCACCCGGGACGAUGUAUUGAACGUUGCACGUCUACUUGGCCUAAAAGCUUGAGAUGAGAUAUAAUAAACUCCAUGGCAAACCAUUUCCAAAGCAUUUUACCACCCAGAGAGAGCUCAGCUCGCUUAUUGAGUCUCCCACAAUCCCUGAAUUCUGAAGGUUUUUCGCACUUUUUGAAACCAGUUUUUUUACUGGCCGAGACCAAGACUAUCUUUUAAGGUUUUAAAGCUGAUUUUUGUUCUUAGCUCCCAAUUUUACUCCCUGAUAUGAUUUUAAAAAAUAUACUACCUUCCUACUAAACCUCCCGCAAGUACAGAAUUAUGGACAAGUAAGACGAGACAUGCAGCUGAAUUCAAGACAGCCUCUUGCUCUUCAUGUAGGCCAACAUAAAGGUCAACUAUGGUUGAGGACAUUGAUAACUGGACACCAGCACUUUGAAAUACACAUUUGUCCCCGAUCUCCUGGUUGUGAAUUAAAAACAUCUGCUUUAAUGCUAUCGAGCAUUCAGUUUCUAAGUGCCAAGAUUAUUUUCCAGCUAAAUAUGCAAACUCAGCUUUAAUAUAGGAAUUGUCAACAUUUAUUAGCGUUCACGAAAUCCCAUCUGACGCAGGAUAUCUGGUACGCUCAGACCAGCAUCUGAAACGGCACUUGACCAUAUUUUUGUUUUUGUUUUUUUUACAUUUUUAGGUAAAUUUUAAGUGCCUUUUGGUUGGCGCUCAACUUCAUUUGUAAAAACACCACUACAGUGAUGUUUAUUGUACGCAAUUCAAAUUAUUGUCAGCGUUUUAUUAUGAAUGUGAUGGCGCUAUAUAAAAAAAUAAACUAAUAAUAAUUGU